AUGCCUAAAUGGGAUCCCCAAAAAUUAAAUGCCUGGACCUCUAAAAAGGCUUUGUUUGGUCAAAAUGAUUAUAUUGAUAUUUUGGGAGAUGGAACAGUACAUCCCUGGGAAUUGUUAUCAGCACCCCCAUGGCUGAAAGGUUUCAAAGGUAAUGAGAUGCAAAGACUCAUUCGUCGAUUAGGAGUUCAAGGUGAAUUCCUCAAAGAUACCUACCCAUCAAAGUACCAUCAGAUAACGAAACAGAUAAGGUACCUAUACAACAAGUUAAACAGGAGGAGGAAGGCGCCAUACUGGGGUGGCUACAGUAGAUUCUCCAGAAUUGAUAAACCCGUCAUUUAA